AUGCUGCAGCUUCAGGGGAGCAUUGCGGAGGUUAGGGAGAUGCAGCAGCAACUCGCGGAGAUGGACAAGGCGGCUGCGCAGCCCGGAGCCGCAGAGCCCCAGAGGCCUUCUCCCGCUGCACCAGCAGCAGCAGCAGAACCUGUUCCUCCUGCUGCUGCUGCUGCAGAACCUGCUGCAGCAGCAGCAGCAGCAGCAGCAGCAGCAGGGGACUGCGGGUGCAGCGCGGAAAAGAAAGAAGACUGCUGCCAGGGGGGAGGCGAGAAGCACAAGGGCAGCAGCGGGAAGUUCUUUCACCACUUGAAAGAAAAACUGCAGCAGCACCACAGCAAGAAGCACUAA